AUGGCGUUGUGGAUAACCAGCGGCGAAGGCGACGAGAGAGGGAAUGUCUUCUUGGUGAACUCCGGGGAGAAGUUGAGGCAUGUGUCGACGCUGGAAAGAUGGACGGAGGCGAGAAGGAUAUCUCUGAUGCGUAAUGAGAUACGCCUGCUCCCUGAGGAGCCUCGUUGCCCCAAUCUGCAGACGCUGUUGCUGAACCACAACGGACAUCUUCUGGAGGAAAUCCCCGGUGGGUUUUUCCAGUUCAUGCCGAGCCUUCGUGUUUUAGAUCUGUCGUGGACGGUAAUAAGGGUUCUCCCCCCGGAAAUCGGGUCACUGGUAGAACUGCGGUAUCUCGAUCUAUCAUUGACUCCCCUGGAAUCAUUACCCAUGGAGGUCAGGAAUUUGACGAAGCUGAGACAACUGCGUUUGGAGUACACCUCGUUUCUUAAGAGUAUCCCACGCGAGGCGGUCUCAUCGCUUGAAAGGCUGCAGUCGUUGAACAUUUAUGGGAGUAACUAUGAGUUUAGAGCAGGAGGGGAGGGCGGUGGUAGCGAUGGUGUGAUUGACCAUGAGGGGAGACAACUCUGUCUGAAAGACUUGGAGGACGGCAUGUGGAACCUGACGGAGCUCGGUAUUUCUAUAACAUGGAUGACGCAUGAAGACCUGAAGGCUGUACUGAACUCUCAGAGACUGUCUGCGUCGAUCAGAUUUCUACAGCUUCAACAGGUUCGACUCUCGUCUGUUGAUUUGGGAUUCAUGAAAGCCCUGAGAAUACUUGAGAUUUCGGAUUCUACCGACUUGGAAGAGCUGGUCUUCAACACGAAUCAGCUCUCGGAGCUGGAGGAACUGGAAUUGGGUGAACUUCCCCGAGCAACGAUCUCUUGGAAAGAUGGCUACACCACAGCUGCCAUCUUCAAAAACCUUCAGAAAUUGUGGAUUAGGAAAUGUGACGCAUUGGAGGACAUAACCUGGAUCAGACAACUGCCCUGCAUUGAGAUGUUAGGACUAACUGGAUGUUCGAGAAUAGAAGAGGUGAUAGUAGUCGAAGAGGUGACGGUGGACAACGUGGAUUAUCAAAAUGAUUCUUUCUUCCCUAAAUUAAAGCGGAUUUGGUUGGAAGAUCUUCCGAAUUUGAGGAGCAUAUGUAGGCAUCCGUUGUUGCUCCCUUCCUUGGAGGAAGUCGCAGUAAUCAACUGUCCAGAGCUGAAGAAGCUGCCCUUUGGGUUCUCUACUGCCAAGAACAUCCAAGAAAUCUAUGCUGAACAAGAAUGGUGGAAUGGAUUAGAGUGGGAGCAUGAAGACGUCCGGUCCAAGUUUACCCCUUAUUUUCGACCAAGGUAG